AUGGAGUCUUAUUUGAACAAUCGGGUUAUCCUUGGACGGUUAAUAUUUGUAUUACAAGCUCUUGGCGACUAUUUUUUAUUUAUUCCACGUUUUUGUGGUGUUGUGAGGCGAUAUGUUGUCAAUGGCGGUGUUCAAGGGCCGGAGAGUAACGGUGACGUUCAACACGACGAAGGGCUCGAAGAUCAAAGAUUUGCGUGUGAAACAAAAGGUCUUCUUUACGUGGAUCGUGAGCAAUGUCUUACAGAGGGGUUAAAAAAAUCAUUCGACCAUUUUCAUGAUUUUACAUUGAAGUGCGGUUCUCCCAUUGGAACUAUAUUAAUGUCGGGAAGAAGUACAUGUCGCCGGUGCAAUGGCAAAUUAUCAGUAGACGCAAAUGGACAUGUUGUGGUAUUUUACCACAUAUAUUUUGGUAGUUACCUUGGUUCUCGAGUGAAGAAAUCAUGCCGCAAAUGCAAGUUGUACGAGCAUUAUGGUGGUUGGACAGAGGGUGGUAAACACUAUUUCGAUGAUGAUUGUCUGAACAAUGAAUUUUUGUUGACGUCUGAGGAAACCGCAUUUCAUGUGCCUUUACUUAAAGAGUGUGGAAGUUUACUUCUGGUUGGCGCGUUGGCUUUUUCGUCUUUUGCCAGCUCAUACAACCACAGAUUUGGUUACCGAAAACAAAAGGAUAUGUGCGACAGGUCGAAGGCAAAGAGAAUGAAAACGUUAAUAUUAAAUGAUAAAAUCGUCAUACGCAGAGUAUUAAAAUACAGAAUAAUACAUGGGUGCGGGGUAAUACCAGAUUUAUUUGGAGUGUUGAACAUGAUAUCUCACUCGUUCGCGAUAGUAUACUGUGUCUGUAUACAAAUGGUUAGCCUAUGGCAUGAAAUAGUGUAAUUCAUGUGAAAUUUCAUUUGAUUGGCAUAGUGUACCAUUCCGUUUUUCGUAAGGAGUUUUAUUACUGUAUAUUGGCCGUUAGUUUGUGUGGGGAUUGUUAUCCUUGUUAUUGCUUGGCAGUGUUUAACAUUAAAUAUUUCAUGAAGGUAUUCUUGAAAUACAAAAUUAUUCUUAAUGGGGAAGUCAAGUCCGUAAUGUAAACAAACGGUUUGUUUACAUUUUGAACUGCUGUAUUUUUUAAAAUAUGAUGUACUGUCUGAAUAUCUAACACCAUUCUGGUUCGCUAUGCUUCUAAAUGAAUAUGAAAUAGAGUUUAUGUUGAGAAAAAUUCGAAAUUUGGGCAAUGUUCACAUUAGAGGUCCUCACAUUGUUAUGAGCAGAAGCGAUGCGCAGAACAGAUUUGACUUCCCCUUUAACUUGGGUGACGGUUAUUAAUUUACCACUAUAUUCAAGUUUCAUAUUUUGGGACUGGUAGAAAGAUGGUUAAGUGGUUUAGCGCACUUGCCUUUUACCUCUAAGGUUGCAAGUUCAAAUCUCGGUGAGAAGUAAGAACUUUAUCAAUGCGACUCGAACCCAGUCCUCAUGUGAAAAGAGUAAAAAGUGAAUGCUGUGCUGAAAAUCGUGGGUUUUCUCUGCGUAAUCCGGUUUCCUCCCACAGGCAAAGUUGACAGGGUGGGUUAGGCAAAAAGGGCCCACAGUAAUUGGCGUAUGCUGUUGUGGUGACCCCUCACUAGUAGGCAAAGCCAAAUAAACAAAUUCCACAGUUUUAAUAUAUAGUUUGUGAAAUUAACGGCCUGGGAGUUCGAUUGAGUAUUAAAACUUAAAACUGCCUAUCCUACAAGAGUAUUUAUAUAAUCUGGAGUUUUAACUUGUAUCCAAUACUUUGUCAUAAUGGAGCCCUGUACUAUCAGACAAACUCUACCCAGUUAAGCAUAUACGGUCAAAUUUGUACUUUUAGAGUGGCCAGCAAGUACUUGUUAAAAAAAUUCAAAUGCAAUGAUUCCAGGUUAUUUACCAUCCAAAGAAAUUUAUUUUGAAAAUUCAGAUAAAGACAUUUUACCUAAUAAACAUACACUCCAGAUUUCACAACCAUACAAUAUACGUGGAUGAAAAUAGUUUUAGUAAUUUUUUAAUCAGUAUAUUUUGUGUAUUUGAAAGUUGGUGCAUUAGGGAGUGGUCAUUAUUUACGGGGAGGGGGGGGGUUGGGAAAUGGGGAAAAUAAGGAUUGAAAACAUUUUUGACCCCCCUACAGAAUGAAGGCAAACUUUUUGUGCCUCCCCCCUCAUAAAAGUAGAAACUUUCUGACCCCCCCCCAGUGUGGAUUGAAAAAUUAACAGCAAUGAAACAGGUGUGCGUUGUAGGUACAGUUAGACAUUAGGCCAAUCUGUUUAAUCUAGCUCAUGAUGUUUUACCCUGGUGAAUGUGAUUCAACCAUAUAUGAUUAAAAAUAUAUAUAUUAUGUGUUACUACUUUGCAAUGCAACAUUUGUCCUACCAUAACCCUAACCCAUGACUUGUCUAACCCUAACCCAUGACCCGUCUUGGAUAUACAGCGUUACAUUGUGCGUUGAUAGACCGAAUCUGAUCGGUUAAGUGUACUUGCAUGGUAUGUUUAUGUAAAUACCACAACUGGAUCACUCAGGGGGUAGAAAGUUUGUUAAACUUAGUGCCGGCCCGACUCCCAUGAUCGUGAGGCGCUACCAUGGUUGGCGCCGAGCAGAGAAAUUUUGAAAAUUUUGAGUCUCUAGAUUGUUGGAAAUAGCAUUUUCAGAGUCUUUUUUUGCUAUUUGUGAUUAUAGAAAUCAGAACUCUAGACAUGGUAUUUAAGUUCAAAAACAUUUAUGACCCCCCUUUCUCUGUGUUAAAACUUUUUUGAUCCCCCCUAUUUAUAAGGGUAAAACUUCGUUCCCCUCCCAUUUCCCAACCCCCCCUCCCAUAAAUAAUGACCACUCCCUUAGACAAUUGUAAGCCCAUAAUGCCUUGUUGUAUAACAGUGUUAUCAGUAUAUGUUAAGAUUAUACCAGCACAAUGACAAGUUAAUCCCAAAUAUGCAUAUUUGUAUACACAUUUUCCAGUGGAUUGUCCUCAAAAUACCACUUGGAUGAGAUAAACUGUCAUCUCUGAGACUUUGUCCCGAAAAUCAAAAUUUUGAGGUUUUUUAGGUUAACUAAAUAAAGAAUGAAUUAUUAUACUGUAGUACUGUAUAUAGUGGUAUAUAUGUAUACUGUAUAUACAUAAACUUUUGACCAAACGAACCCAGGCAUUGUAGCAACUCAACAACACCAUGUAUUUGGCUUUGAGAGCAGGUUUUUUACUCUGGUAUUUAGUUUAAAUAUAAUUUUGCCUCAGUUCAUGUUUUGGUCAAGAUUAGUAAUAAUUAAAGUUACUGUACUUCUGCAGUUGUUUCAGGCAAUAUGUAUGUAGUAACCAAGAGUCUAAAGCUUAAGAGUAAUACAUUGGUAAUUAAGGUUUAAAAUUUGAAAAGACAAACAUGUUUGGCAUAGUUUAGAUUUGUUGAAGUAUAUUGUGUAUUUAUGGCAGAAAAACACCUCAAAACAUCAAAGUUAGCUGUCUUUUUCUGUCAUGAAUGAAGCUAAUAUUAUACUUUUAAAAAUUAUUAAUGUUUUGUGUGAAUAAGGGAUUUGGCAUCAGAGCAGAAGGAGUUACUACGAGUGCGGCGGUUUAUGGACAGAAGAUGACUGGAGGAGGGAUUUCUACUACUUGCUGCUUUAGAGAUUAAAGUGGAGUAUUCUUUGACAUUGGAAAGUAUUCCUUAUGACAAGACGGAGCUGGCGAAGAUUAUUGUCCAACAGUAUGAAAGUGUAUUUUAUAAAAAGUGGACAGGUAUAAAUAUUAUACACAGCCAUAUAAAUUCUUCGAAUAGUGUUUAGCAACAUAUUAUAAAUAAGUAAUGUAAUGAUUAUGAACAAGUGUUGAACUUUCAGUAUACAGUGCAACAGUCCAAAAUUUACUAGGGCUGGUUAUAUAAAAAAGCAAUUAAAGUUAACUUUUGUUAGUGCGAACGUUGUUCAAUCAGAAGCGCAUAUUUGAGAGUUAAUCACUAUUUAACUACAAAACAGUUAUUUAAAAGCGAUUAAGCAUUUUACAUAUACAACCAGCCCCAGAUGUGAUCUUUAAUAUCUUGAAAUAUUUUAUCUUGUUGGAUCUGUCAACUUCAUGACUGUCUUCUGAGUAAUCAUUUUAUUUUUCUUAUGUGUGCAAUUUGUGUUGUAGAUCAUGUUUGUGCUGUAGCUGGGUGCAAGACUGUUAUUGUAAUAGAUGGUAACAUGAAGAAUGCAAGGCAGGUUUGCUCAUGUGCAGAUGUCGGAGAGCUAUAUUUUGACGGAAUGCCUGGAAGCAUUCUUGUUGGUGAGUUUGACUGA